AUGGCGGGAAGAUGCCGAGUGUGUGGGAGAAGAAGCGAGGAGGAGGUCUGUGAGGCUUGUGCGGAGCUUGACUGCUCUUCUCCUCUCCUUGUCUUCUCCUGCUCCCAAUGCGGAAGUGAGAACCAGAUCGUUGAGAGCGACCAGCUGCUCUGCGAGGUUUGCGGCCACUGCGACGAGCACGUGAAAGGAGCUGAGACGCGGAGAGGAGUGAAGGAUGAGCAGCUUUCGAUCGGAGCUUCAGACUCCGGCACUAUCGAUUCAUUCUUCUGUUCUACUUGUUCCGCCUUCAAUCAAAAUGUCCUCAUUUCCCAGCAAGGUGCUUGCUGCGAGGUGUGCGGGUCGCGGGAAGCCAACCCUCGUUCAACCCUGAGGGUGGCAAGGAAGCUGAUUCAACCACCUGUCAGCUCUCUUGGAGAUAUUCCGGAGGAGCCGCAGGUGCUUGAUCGUUUCUUUCCCAAGCAACCAAAGCAUGAUAAUGAGCCUAAAAGUACCCUAUCAAAGCUCAGAUUGGAGCAAACGAUGCCAGCUGCAAUAGCUUUUGAUACAACCAACACAGUAUCAUCAUCUAUUUCUGAUCUGCUGCAAGAAAAUGCACAAUUGAAACAGAACAUCAUUGAACUGCAGAACAGCUUGUCAUUUUCGGAGGAAAAAUUGAAAUCAAUUGGAAUUGACCUUCAUCACGUAAAGCUUUCCCUGGACAGGGUUGAGAAAGAAAACUCGAAUUACACAUCAUUUCAUGCCAACAUCGCCAAACUACUGCUAAUACCCAGCAACGAACCAAAAGAUAUAAUCCAUGUGAAAAUAAUCGAGAAACUGAACCAGCUUCUGACAGACCAAAAAAUGAUGCAAACAAACAAAAGGAACAUGAACGAUAAUGACAUCAACAUUAGCAAAAACAAAUCCGAGCAACAAUCCAAACAGAACAAUGCACAGGAGCUGCGAGAGGCAGAGAAGGAGAGGGAGGAGCUGAGGGCGAGGGCGGCAGAGGCGGCGAGCGGCUCAGAGGCGGAGGUGUCGGGGCUACGGGCGAGGCUUGCAGAGGCCGAGGGAGAGCGGGAGAGGGCGCUGGAGGCGCAGAGGAAGGAGGAGGCGAGGGCGGCCAAGGCGGAGAGGGAUCUGGAGGGCGAGCGCAAGGCAGGGGCGGAGGCGUACGAGGCGUACGAGGCGCUUGCACAGGAGCUGCGAGAGGCAGAGAAGGAGAGGGAGGAGCUGAGGGCGAGGGCGGCAGAGGCGGCGAGCGGCUCAGAGGCGGAGGUGUCGGGGCUACGGGCGAGGCUUGCAGAGGCCGAGGGAGAGCGGGAGAGGGCGCUGGAGGCGCAGAGGAAGGAGGAGGCGAGGGCGGCCAAGGCGGAGAGGGAUCUGGAGGGGGAGCGCAAGGCAGGGGCGGAGGCGUACGAGGCGUACGAGGCGCUUGCACAGGAGCUGCGGGAGGCAGAGAAGGAGAGGGAGGAGCUGAGGGCGAGGGCGGCAGAGGCGGCGAGCGGCUCAGAGGCGGAGGUGUCGGGGCUACGGGCGAGGCUUGCAGAGGCCGAGGGAGAGCGGGAGAGGGCGCUGGAGGCGCAGAGGAAGGAGGAGGCGAGGGCGGCCAAGGCGGAGAGGGAUCUGGAGGGGGAGCGCAAGGCAGGGGCGGAGGCGUACGAGGCGUACGAGGCGCUUGCACAGGAGCUGCGGGAGGCAGAGAAGGAGAGGGAGGAGCUGAGGGCGAGGGCGGCAGAGGCGGCGAGCGGCCUCAGAGGCGGAGGUAGGAAGGAGGAGGCGAGGGCGGCCAAGGCGGAGAGGGAUCUGGAGGGGGAGCGCAAGGCAGGGGCGGAGGCGUACGAGGCGUACGAGGCGCUUGCACAGGAGCUGCGAGAGGCAGAGAAGGAGAGGGAGGAGCUGAGGGCGAGGGCGGCAGAGGCGGCGAGCGGCUCAGAGGCGGAGGUGUCGGGGCUACGGGCGAGGCUUGCAGAGGCCGAGGGAGAGCGGGAGAGGGCGCUGGAGGCGCAGAGGAAGGAGGAGGCGAGGGCGGCCAAGGCGGAGAGGGAUCUGGAGGGGGAGCGCAAGGCAGGGGCGGAGGCGUACGAGGCGUACGAGGCGCUUGCACAGGAGCUGCGAGAGGCAGAGAAGGAGAGGGAGGAGCUGAGGGCGAGGGCGGCAGAGGCGGCGAGCGGCUCAGAGGCGGAGGUGUCGGGGCUACGGGCGAGGCUUGCAGAGGCCGAGGGAGAGCGGGAGAGGGCGCUGGAGGCGCAGAGGAAGGAGGAGGCGAGGGCGGCCAAGGCGGAGAGGGAUCUGGAGGGGGAGCGCAAGGCAGGGGCGGAGGCGUACGAGAUUUGCAGUGAUUUUGACGACCUUCAGAACAAUGUUGGGAGUUUUGAGUCUGAGGUUGUUUACCUCAGGUCCCGAUUGCGUCAGAUUGAACGUCUUCUUGAUGGCCUUCCAUGUGACUAUGUUUCACUUGUUGAAGACACUGAAUGUUUGAGAGAAGAUCUUCAAAGGCGAAAGGAUGUGUUUGUCAAAGAAUUUCAGGAAUUCACAAGAGAGAAGGAGAGUUGGGAGAUCGAGAAAGCGGAGCUGAUGACAAGUUAUCUUUCCAUUCAACGAUGCCCCUCUCAUUGUGUAAUUGUAUCGCGAGAAGUUCUUGACCAAGUAGACAUGCUCACUGACCAAGUUUCAGAGAUCACAAGCGACAUUUAUUCGUUUAAACACAAGUGCAUAGCAAGAUUGUCUGCUAUCAGCAGAACUUCGAAGGAUUCGUACAACUAUCAAGCAGGGAUGAUUCAGGAAAUUCCAAACGUUGUUGAGGAACUCAAUGCCAGCUCUUUCUCUGUGGUUCUUUCCGACGCUCAUUCCAAGUUAACGACUGCGUUUUCUGGGUCCACGCAGACUGAGGGAAUCGACCCGAGUACCUUAUCGCCAGGUACGCAACCAGUAACGAACAAGCUUCGCCUCGCAGCCUCCUCACCAUGUCAACGAUCAGCAGCAGAAGAGUUCGAGGCGACAUUGUCAUCCAUGCGUGAAGGCAGCCCAACAUCGCUCAAGUUCGUCGAGGAGGCGCUUCGCGAGUAUCCGCGGGUGGUUCUCGACGCUUCUCAUGACGAGAAACUUGUGAAGGAGGAAGUGACGGCUGGCCCGCCACCUUCAGCCUUCAAGGCUUGGAGUCUCUUCCUCUUGGCGUUCCUUGCUUGUCUUGCCGUCGGGUGUCUUUUCACCCCGUGGCCUCAUCAGCUGAGCUCCUUCAGCUCUUGCCUGGUGCAGCUGACACCCUCGAGCGCUCCUGCUCCUCCCAGCCCUUCACAGGACCGCGUGGAGCCCAGGGCGUGCGACCGACUAGUCGGCAAGGCGGAGCAAAACCUUGCCGAAUGCCUCGAGCGAGAGCACAAGAGUCGAGUGAUGCUGAAGCAGUUGCAAGUCAACUCGACCCAGUUGCAUGAAGCCCUCCACUCAUGUCGAACAGAACAGGCGAUGGUGAAGGCGGCAGAUGUUUGUCAAGAUUCACGUCAUCUGCUUUCAAUUGCAGCCGCUGAUGCCAAGGAGAUCAAAAAUGAACAAGUGAAGCAGGUAAGGAACAAAUUGACACGUCAACUCGCGAUCUGGUCCAGAUUUAUGUGA